AUCACCGCCGAUACUGUCGUGUUAAUUAUGCCUCUGCCGCGUGCGCUAGCGUCGAUUCUCCCACUGCGCCAUCCCUGGAAUCGUUGCCACCGAGGUCUGUCGGUCCCCCGACCAGCCUCUGAUCGAUAUGGACAUGGAAAAACAAAACCAACCAUCAUCCAAUCCAGGAUGUGUUCAUCUGAGUCUGGUGAAACGGACACAUGGAGGAGAAUGAUCAGGGCGAAGCUGGCAGCCUGCCCUGGGGGAUCCAUCGACCUGAAUAAGUGUUGUGAGACCGGCAUUGCCACCGUGACCAUCAACAAUCCGAAGACAAGGAAUGCUUUCAGUGGUAGCAUGAUGCUUGACCUGGCAGAUGUCGUUGCUGAGCUGGAGAUAUGGAAGGAGGGGAAAGGCUUGUUGGUCCAUGGCGCAGACGGAUUUUUCUCCUCCGGAGGUGAUCUUUCAACUGUCUGGGAGAUCAUCGACCCAGUCAGUGGGGUCCAAAUGUCCUCAUUGAUGCAAGAUACACUGCAAAGACUACGACGUCUUCCGUUGAUCAGUGUGUCUGUCAUUCAGGGAAGUGCACGAGGUGGUGGGGCUGAAAUCGCAAUGGCCACUGACUUUCGUAUCAUGACAACUUCCUCAUAUUUGGCUUUUCUUCACUCUCAGUUGAAGGUCUCAACCGUUUUUGGUGGAGGAACCAUCUUAACCAGACUGGUUGGUCGGUCAAAAGCUUUGGAUUUGCUCGCAAGUGGACGCCAUGUAGGCUCUGAAGAAGCUCUUAGAAUUGGCCUUGCAGACCAGGUUGUUCCGAACGGAGAAAAUGUAAACGAUUUUGGUAAGACGUGGCUGUCAAGGUUUACUCAAGGACCAGUAGAGGUUGUGCAUGGUAUGAAAUCUGUUGUUAUGGCGGCCUCGGAGCUGUCAGUGGAGGAAUCGUUGGACAAUGAAAGGCGCGUCUUUGGAACGUUGUGGGGAUCGGAUGUCCACAAAGACAUCAUAGACAAAAUCCGGAAGAAAUUAUAUUGAUAUCUCCUUGAUCAUUUCUUUUAUGG